AUGCGAAGCUGUAUCACUGAUGUUGCUAGCAUGCUCUUUGAUAGCAUUAUAACCAGAGAUUCGAUGAUCACCAUCACCAUACGUAAGCAUCUGGCAGAAAAGUUAAGGUCAGUCUUCGCCAUGCUUCACCGCCUUGAAGAUGUUUCUGAUCAAUCCUUUAAUCCGAAACAAAGGGGAGAAAGUGUUGCUGGUGGAUCAAGAAAAGAAGGUCCUAAAGCUCCUGUCAAGCCUAUUGUCAAGAAUGAACCCAAAGGCAAGGAAAAGUUGUUCCGUGACGACCCAAUUCUUGAUAUUGAAGAUGAAGAAGCGCCUACUGAAGAAGAACUAAAAAGGAGAAAAGUUCGUGAAUCUGAACUGGAUGAGCACCAGCGAAUCAUCCGUGAAGCUGAAGACAAAGACAGGGCUGAGAAAGAAGCACAGGCUACUCUUCAGAGCAAAAAGCUCCUGUUCCCCAAAUGGACCCUGAAGCAAAUCCAACGUGAUGCUGUUGAUCUUCCAAGCCAGUAUUGGAGAUUGGGGAAAUGGAUGUUGAGGUUGUUGCGAUCCUGA